CAACAUAUAACAAAAGCUGUGAUCCUUUUUGUAAUAUCAGUCGUUCUUAGAAGCUUUUUGCUGCUUCUCUCGAGUCUUUGAGUAUUUACUCAGCGUUGUGAGAUCACCACAACACGGUAUUCCGAUGAAGCGUUUAGUAAGAUAUCCACAAGCGAUAUUUUUGACGUAUAUUAUUGCCUUUGGUUUGUGUAUCGAUGUUGUUCGCUCCUGUAAUUGUGAUGUUGGUAAGUUUACUGCUGUUAGUUAUUUACCAUAGAAUACUUCUUGUCUUUUAGGAAUCAUGUUUUAUCACGACUUUCCUGGUAGUUCCGUGGCAGUUUAACAAUUCUUAGCUAGUUAAUUACGUUAUUCAACUCUAGUUUUUAACCUAGCAUAAUCUGAACUUAACGCAUUCAAACGCUUGAGUGAUGCUCGGGUGAACACACGAACUUUCAAGUACAUGUUAAAAUAAUAGUUUCUAGAUAUAUUCAUUAUCCACCGUUUAUUUCUGAUAAACACUAAACAUCUUUGUCCAUUCAAGUUUGUUCAUCCUAAUUUUUGUGAUAUUAAGUGAUAGAUUCGUCUAAAUGAUUUCAUUUCAAUGGCAUUUCGCGUUGUUAUGCGUUUGUGGUUAAUUGAAGGCACAUGCAUAUUUCUUCACGGACACUUACCACAAUGUUGUGCAAAACUGAAAUGUAAUGUAUAGUACACUGAUCACCAACCAGAACAUUUCUAAUUGUUUUUUUUUUCUGUCAUUUCACAUACCCCUGUGCCUAGCUUUGCUCUGUCACGUUAAUAAAAUAAAAAUAUUUUCUUGGUAUAUUCACGAAAACAUUAGAACAAAACCAAAUAACAAAUCGAAACCCUCUUUUCUUUGGUUUAUGUCACCUAACCGAAUAAGCUAAGAUACUAAACGAAGAGUAGGGUGAGCUUAGCUUUUUGAGACCAAAAAACAAAUAUAUCGAAAAAGAAAAAGACAACAAAACAAAACAAAACAAAAAAAAGCAAAAUAACAAAAUUUCGAGCAUAAAUUUCUAGAGCGUUCACAAGAGAGAGAGAAAGUUACUGAUACAACGAUUCUUCCCCUACAGCCAAGCUAAAGGAACUAGGAGUAGAGGAUGGCCAUAUCCCGGAUCAGGCCAUGACUGCAUCUUCUACUCUUGAUGCCAGUCAUGGGCCAGGUCGAGGCAGACUCAAUCAGGGCCCAACUGGUUCCCAGGGCACCGCCUGGUGCGCUCAGGAAUCAAACACUGAUCAGUAUUUACAGGUGGAUCUCGGUGAGUAAAAAUCUAAAGCGAACUAAAAGGAGCUGGGUCAGAGACAGAGUAUCUGCAAAAACUUGAGCAUCAGUUUGCUGCCAAUUUUUUUUUUUUUAUGUGAAAUAUGGCCUCCAUCCCUAAACAUCUCUGUUGGCUGAAAAGGGUCAGGAUAUUUAAAAGGAGGUAAUGCAGAUGGAUUUACUUUUGGUUCCACUUUCUUAAAUUUUUAAAGUUAUGUGAUCACAAACGAUACUUUAUACGCAUUAGCACCCUGGAGACAUGACGGAAGAUUACGAGGAGCAAAAUUUUUGAGAAUUAUCUGAUAACCGAGAGGCAGACAGAAAAAUUGAUCAAUCGAAGGACAAAGACUCUGCCUUGGAGUAAUUAUGGUCAUCCCCACCGCUAUGGCGAGCAUGGAGUCAAAUAUCUAGUUGUUCGAAGGCCGAUUAGUGCUAAACCAAGGUUGAAUUUUAAUCUGGGUUUCUUUAUUCCUUUAUUCAAAUGUCUUUUUGGAAUAAUGUCCUGUGUUCUUUUUAGAGCAUAAAAGAGUCAUGUUAUAGACAAAAAGAAUUCGGCUGAAUUUUCUUUUAAAGCUAUCAGAUCUGAAAUCAGAUUUCACACUAGCCCUGGGUUAUCCUAACCCAGCUUUGAGCAACCCGGCUCAGGUUUCUUAGUUUCUCUAUUCUAGAGCCUUUUUCAGAAGAUUUUUUUCCUUCCUUUUUAAAGCAUCCAGAAUUAAAACUGUAGACAAAGAGAACUUAACUGAAUUUUUUAAAGCUUUCAGAUCUGUAAUCAAAUUUCACACUAAGCCUGGGUUAUCCCAAACAAGCUCUGAACAACCCAGCCCUGAAUGUUUGUCUUUCCUCACAAACUUAUCGUAGUGUCUGUGUUAACUCUCAAGAUCUCUUUAGUAAUUGUCCUUUUUGUCUGCCAUACGAUUCUCAUUAUGUUAGUCUGGAGAAUUUGGUAUUGGAUCAGCUAAUAAUUAAUAGUUUACUUUAUUCUCAUUACUUGUAUUGAUAUUGUAAGGAGAAACUCUGUCUUGAUCACUUAUGGGAGUUUAAGGGUUAAUUUAAUUAUAAACUGAGAAAAGUACUGUGCUUCUGUUCAGCAGUAUGGAUCAGCUAAAGGAGUCACGUGACCUUCCCAAAACCGAAGAAUUUAUGUGUACCAAUGAAUAGAUUGAUUAUUGACGGCGUAAAUAAUGGAUGGUUUGAUAAAUUAAUAAACUAAUAAAUCCAUCUCCCGAUUGAUGGAUGGAUUGAGUAACAUUCAUAGAGCAUAAUCAUGAGGCUGAUUGGUUAGAAUUGCAAUAGGACUAAGUGGCGUCCAGUUCGAUCUGCAAUCACAAGAGUGAUAACAAACUCGGAUGACCGCGCGGCGACAUGACAACCUGUUACCAAUUAAUAGCAAAAUUACAACAAUGAAAUUGUAUUUUUGUUAUGAUUAAUACUAGGACAUCACCCUUUAUUUCAGCAUAUACGUCAAAAGUUACUCAUAUCGCGACCCAAGGAUUGAACGAUCCUUCUAAGGUUGUUAAUGGCCCUAACAUCACCAGCUGGGUUAAAGAAUAUACACUGCAGUAUAGCUCUGAUGGUGAAACUUACAACGGGUAUUAUUUCGAUAAAAAAUUAAAGGUAAGAGACACAUAAAUAAGAGAAUAUGUUUUUCUUCUGAUCAAGAGCGUGGGAAAAAAAUUUUUGAGAAAUCUGAGAAGAGGAAUCGAGCCUCAGACUUUCCGAUUCGACUCUCCGGUGUUUUACCGCUAAGUCACAAAGACUCUAUGGUGAAGAAAGCCAUUACGAAGUUCAUGUAUGGCACACGUUUUGCAUACCACUACGAUCAGUAAUGACGAUAGAGUCAUUUUUGAAAAUAAAAUAAGAAAGAUGCUAAAUUUUGGGCUCGGUGAAGAAAUAAAGAAAUAGAUAUUUUUUCACCACCAACGUCAAAUUUUAUCAUCAUUCCGGCUUUAUUCUAUUUACAAACAAGAAACGUUUGGAGGUUUAAUAAGAGCUUUGCCACAUAUUUCAAACUUUUACUCUCGAGAAAUAAGAACUCAAUAUUCUCCGAUAAAAUCCGAAGAGAUUUUCUUUACCACGAUAGUCAACGUUUUCCAUAUAGGUUUUGCUAAAUGAUUAAUCCAUUUGAUAGUCAAAUGAUUAGGAUAGCAUAUAAAAUUGGUUCUUUUUCUUGUUGGUACAGAUAUUUGAUGGGAACAAAGACGCCGGGUCUGUAUCCUGCUGUGAGCUUCCGUACCCUUUGGUUGUGAGAUAUGUUCGGUUCAAACCUGUGUCGUGGGAGAAAAAGAUAUGCUUGAGAGUCGGUGUCUUUGGCAAAGGGAACGUAACAGGUACAUACUUUUAAUUAUUGACUUUGUUGAUAUUAUAAUAGCUGCAAUCAUAAAUAAACUACGGAAGAGGAAGAGAAUGUGUAAUUUCUUUAGAAUUUUUGUAACUGGUUUUUUUUCAAAGUUCAUUUUGGAUGGAAUCCUUCAAUAUAUUUCCAACAUCUUGCUGGAAGUCUAACUGAAGAAAUUCAUUACUAAAGAAGUGAGAAGUUAAUUGCGAUCGAGGAGCCUUAUAUUUGAUUUCGCAGGAGCUAGGUAAAGUGACAACCACUGUGUGCGACUCAAAGAAGAUCUUGAACUGUCGAUCUUGGCUUACUAUUGGUGAUAGGACCGAGUGGAGUCUAAUUCGGUCUGUUGUUACACUUUCCAAUGACAAGCUUGACGCGCACACUGUCCUAUUGGUGCUCAAAUCGGGCUGGUGAUAACCAAUCGCCUUCGAGAAUUUUGUUAUAGAUUUGAUUACGAGUAAAAUCAUAUAAAGUAAUAAAGUUAUACAAGAAAAUACACGUCCGGAUAGAUUUGCGUAAAAUAUUGGCUAAUAGAACUUAUCUAUUUACUUUCCAGCGCACACCAUAAUCACAAAAAGUGAAAUUGCGAUUCGACACUAUUGGUGGUGUAAGUAGCCAUCAUAUUACUUAUGGCACGAGAGAGAACAGUUCAUUGUUUUUUUGUAACAAUGAGAUAACGAUGAGAAUUCUCAACUUUAAAUCAUUCUUUUUUUUCUCCUUUUUUUUCUAGGGCCUUUCCUCUGGGUUUUAAUAAUCAUGCUAUUUUUCCUUAUCUUCCUGGCUUGCUUUUUCUAUCGUCGAAUCCGGAAACAGUACGUAUUAUCAAUGCUUCCGAAUGCUUGAAGGAAUGUUUGACUGUUUAAUUUAUGGCUUUACCUACCUUACCUCAGUAACGGUUAAAACUGAGUUUAGAAUAGUUUUUAUAUAUCCUCUUCGAUUGAGGUCAGUAAAUGAUAUAAAAUUUUAGGUUAUAUUGCCAUUUUAUUAGAAAUUAUCUUUGUACUUAGUUUUGAUAGAUAUAUUUAUGUAAAUAUUUAAUUGCAUCAUUGUUAUGUAUAACUCAGCCGCGGGACUGCAAAGUCUUAUAAUAAAAUACCUAUCUAUACCUAUCAUCUUAAUUUCUUUCAUUAACACAGACCAGCUCUAAAACCAAGGCCAACUAGAACGGAAAAGAAUCCAUCUCUCUACACAAAUCCAUUUUCCCCACGGUCAAAGUCACAGAGAAACGGUACGUUGACCAUUGAAAUGGCAGACAUCAUGGAGACACAGGAGGAUGGCGCUUAUGAAGAGGCUGAGGACGAAGUACAAGAGGUAAGAGCCCACACAAAAGCAGAUGUACCUUGAGUAUUAGGACCCUUGCCGUUACUCGAGGAAAAAUUUGACCCAGGAGUGACUAGGCAGAUCAUAGCUGGCCAGACAUGGCUACACGUGGCUAAAGAGAUUCAUCAACCAAAAAAUUUUCUGGCAUUUUAUGUUUUCGAGAGCUUUUCAUGAUUCUUCGUACUUCCUCUGAUACGAAAUGCUAACAUCAACCGGAAAUCAGUGCUUUUUCCACCUGUCUUGUGUUCUCUCAAUUAUACUCUCAAUUAUACCUCGAGGAUCACCGUAGAAAUGAACUAAAUUGUAUGCUUCAUUAUUAAAGAAAUAAAGGAAAUGCCAUUCCAUGAUUUUUGCAGAAGGAUUUGUAUAUCAAACUUCUUGAAUGUUUUCAUGGGUUUUCAGGUUGUGGCCCACUUCACAGACGAUGGGUUUGACAACAAACAUGGCGUCACUCACUUUUCAGUGACUGACGAGGAUGAAGCGGAAUUACCGCCGAUCAUUCAAGACCAGGCGAAAAACGGACCAAGCCGAGGAGCCUCACUGACUUCUCAGAACCAGCCAAUCAGGGGGGCUUCAGUCAGUUCACAGAAUCGCCGCAACACCGCGCAAUCCCAACAUCUGUACGAAGCCAUUGAAUAGAAAAUGGGUCACCUGAUCUAAUGGAAAUUUUUCAUGCCACCUUACUAUAAUUCAGAGACCAUUUCAGCAUAAAAAGCGAUGCAAGAUGCUAAAAAUAACCAAUGAUAAAGAAAAAUAUCUGCAAGAGUUUUUUUAGAAUUUUAUCAAUCAGUCAAGUGAAUUGUUGUUGAAAUCAAAUCAGAAAAAAAGCUUUCUUACGUUGCUACGGUCGGGUCAGAUGUCAAAGUACGACCAUAAGGUAUCAAAAUGAACUGAUAUUUUCAACUUUCUAUGGAACCUCGCUAGAUAAUUAAAAUACGGCGUAUAAAGUCCUUUGAAAUUAUCAGGUCUCUAAUAGAGUGUAAAGCAUGCUUAGACAAUUUUAUUGCUUUUCUUUGAACUGACCUUGAGGAAAACCCUUCUAAAUGUUGUCGAAAUGCAGAAAAAACUUAAAAAAAACAUGAAGCCGAGUUCAUGGCUCGACCCGAAGGCAUUCGGGCUAAAAAUAAAAGUAUUUGAAAUUCCCACUGUAAAAUAGAUCCGUAAAAUUGUAGAGAAUUCUGAAGGAGAAAGAGAUUACAACUGGCCGGAGGAGGGGUAGAGGAGUUUUGAAUAUUCUCCAGACGACAACUAAUCGCCGCAAAGUUGUUAAUUUAUAGGAAUGCUACCAAGAGAGACUGUAAGUGAUCGGUGUUUAAGUAAAAUAAUGAGCUACGAGUCGCUGUGUGUUAGAAAUAGAAGAAGAAUAUGCUUGACAGUGAAUACGAUUUUAUCACGCCAAUCAAUUAUCUGAAAUAUAGCGUGAACUAUUGAGAGGGAGAGGUGCUACGUUCAUGGCUAGUUUGUCUUUAGGAGUCGCUCUCGAAAGCUUAUCAAGUAAUCCAGCAAAUAGCAUUUCUGAGUGUCCACAGCAUACUCCAGGACGUGCUCUGAAAGACACAGGUCUAGAGCACCAAUAUCAGAGCAUAUUCGUGAAGAGUUUGAGCUGCCACCGAAUGUCCACGUUUUGGGGCGUACUCUGUACAUUCCGUCGAUCAAACUAUAAUGGCUAGCUAAUUAAAACCACCUGUAUCUAAAACAGAUUAAAACGACGAUACGAAGCGUCCACGUUUUAAAGCCAAAUAUGAACGGGAAAUACAUCCAUGUAUGGUUCUAAAAGCUCAGAGCAACCUUUACCGAAGCGCAUUUUCAUAAAAGAAAGCGUUAAAACAAGCGUUAAAACGUUACUCCCGAUCAGUUCUCACUAGUAGUUUAUUUCAGAUGAAAGGAAGAAUUAUAAAAGAUGUGUUUAUUCAUUAGAGUUAUGAUAGUGCGGAUAAUUGCAAAAAAUCAUCAAUUGUGCGGUCAAGCUAUCAAGUGAAGAUGGCGGUAUUUCGACUGCUACAUUGGUACUAGUCGUUAGUCUUUAUCGGGAAGUACUAAAAUUAUACUUUACGUGCGACUUUAUCGGUGAAUGCCUGUAAAAAUACCAACAUACGUUUCAGUAAAUGAGAACUCUUUGGCAUUCCUGCUGUAAAGUGUAGUUAGGUCGUAUUUCAUUUGAACAAAGUUUAACUAUUGCCUUUUUUGAACAAAACUACGUUGUAAUCGAUCUUCAAUUAAGCCAAAACAAUUUAUAGGAACAUUUUUUUUGGAGUAAAGUCAAGAGGGCCGAAAGCUACGACUGGAAAGAAUAUUUAUUUAAUAAAAUC